CAUUUGAGUGCAGUGUGCCGCUGGACGGCUUCCCGCUCGCACGUAGCGUUCCGUGCCGCUCCAGCUUGCGUCCAGCUUGCGUCGCGUUCCUUCCCGGGGACGCCGAGCCGCGCACUCGUGCCCCCAUCUCCCCUGCCAUUUCGCCUACGCCCCUUCCUGUGGAUACCUACGCGCGCUGCUCUCGCUGCUCCAGUGUCGAGUGUUGUGUCAUCGAUGUGUGUGAAGUGCUGUGCCUUAGUGGACUGAACCACUACCCGCUGUGUGAAGUGUGAAGUGCAAGUGGGGCCCAAGUGCCUGGCAAUCUGAUGGCGCCAGUGGUGGUGCCAUGUUAUGCGGCCUUACGCGGGCGGUGAGCUCCAGACGAGUGCCCCUCAAUCCCUGACUUAGUUUUGAGAUGAAGACAGGCGCGAUGCCUCAGCAGGAGCCAACGAUGGUGCCUAACACACAGCGAUGCGUGGCGCGGGCCCUGUACGACAACGUGGCCGAGAGCCCCGACGAGCUGGCCUUCCGGCGCGGCGACGUGCUCACCGUGCUGGAGCAGAACACCAUGGGGCUGGAGGGCUGGUGGCUGUGCUCCAUGCGCGGACGCCAGGGCAUCUGCCCCGGCAACCGGCUGCGGCUGCUGGCCGGCGUCUUCGACACCAGCUCGCCGGCGGCGUCCGCGUCGCCGUCCCCCGCGCCGCCCAGCGGGACCCCCACGGCCACGCCGGAGCCAAGAGAGCCCGUGCAGGGCAAGAGGAGGUCCUGGCACGUCCAGCCGAAUAAGGUGCUGACGCCGCAGCGCUUCGGCGACGUGUUCCUGUACGACAUGCCGCCCAACAGGCACUCCCCCCUGCUGGACCAGGUGCAGGGGCUGCAGGGGCGGUACGCCACGCCGCGGAACUCGACGCCCAGCAGCAUGGCCAGCAUGGACUCGUACGACGUGCCGCCCCGGGCCGUGCCCACGCCGACGUCCACGCCGACGUCCACCCCCGUGCCCGCGUGCUACGACACCCCGGUGCCCGCCCCGCUGCGGCCGGCCCUGCUCAGGCGGGAGUCGUCGGAGAGCUACGAUGUGCCGCGGCCCAUCGGCACCAGGUCGCCGCUGAGCGCGGUGCUGCUGAUGCAGCAGAGGCAGCUGACGCCCAGCAGCAGUGCCAGCUCGCUGACGGCCGACUCGAUGCAUUCCGGGCACUCGGCGCACUCGGCGCCCAACUCCAACCGGUCCAGCGUGGCGUCCAGCGUGGCGUCCAGCUUGGCGUCGUGCGGCAACGAGUAUGAUGUGCCGCGGCGUGCCCUGGCGGCCAGUACGGCCAGCAGGGCCAGCACGCCGCAGGGGAUGCCGUCCCAAACCUACGACGUGCCGGCCGCCGCCUUCGCCACCGCGGCCUCGAGGAACGUGCCCCACCAGGCCGCCGUCGUCCCCGCCCCCGCGCCCCGCGAGCUCCCUCUGGAGCUGGGCUCGGCGCUGGAGAGCCUGGCGCGCCUCCAGGGGGAGGCCACGGCCGCCGUGUCCAGGCUGCUGGGCUUCGCGGGGCCGCAGUGGCGACACCGCGAGAGGCUGGAGCCGUGCCUCAUGGACAUCAAGCUGGCCGUGGUGCGGCUCCGCACCGCGCUGCACGACCUCACAGAGUUCGGCGACGGCGCCCUGGGCAACGCGGCCAAGGCCUCGGACAAGGGGCUGGUCCUCAAGCUGCGGCCCCUCAUCAAGGCCCUGAGCGACGCCGACCGCCUCGUGCACGACACCACCGCCAGGCUGGACGCCCUGGACUGGUCGCUGGAGGCGCUCUGCCGGGACGAGGACGACUCGGGGCCGGCCCGGAGGGUGUCGCCCGACGCGCUGGACCAGCUGGUGGCGUGCGCGCAGGCCCUGACGGAGGACGUGCGGCAGGCCGCCUCCACCAUCCAGGGCAACUCCACGCUGCUGUUCAAGAGGGCGUCCUCGCCCAACGGCAGCACCCACAGUGGGAACGGCGAGUGGCUGGAGGACUACGACUACGUUAAUCUCGAGUCCAAGGAGUCUGUCGCCAAGCAGAAUGCCGAAAUCCUGGACGACCUGCCUGAUAAGCUAAGAAAAUCGUUUGAUGGUCUUGUGAGAGAAUCAGAAACUUUGGCUGCUGCUGCUCCUGUGGAACCUGAAGACACCUUGGAUGCAGAUGAUAGGCGAAUCUUGUCAUUUUAUGCUGGCCAAAUUAUGACUCAUUCGGCCCACUUAACUCAUGCUAUUGAUGCAUUCUUGCAAACUGUUGAACACAAUCAACCUCCCAAAGUAUUCCUAGCACAUAGCAAAUUUGUGGUUUUGUCGGCCCAUUGGCUUGUUCAAGUUGGAGACACCGUCCAUCGUAACGUGACACGCAAUGAGGUGCGUUCAAGAGUUCUGACCUGCACAAAUGCCUUGUCAGAAGCUCUUGGUUCAACAGUUCAUAAAACAAAGAAAGCAGCUCUUCAUUUUCCCAGUGUAACAGCUGUUCAAGAAAUGGUUGACUCAAUUGUAGACAUCUCACAUUUAGCGAGAGACUUGAAGCUCAGCAUGGUGCAAGCAUCGCAACAGCUUUAGUCAAUUUAUAAUUUUGGGGGGUGAAACUUUGUCUUUGGAACUCGUUUCCAGAGAUUUGACAGAAUUUUGGUCUCCUAACUUAAUGUGCUAUUUUCUGUUUUUGUUAAACAGUUCAGCUAGUCAUUUUUUAAAGUGUUUUCUUGUUUGAGAAAACAUAAUUUGUAGCAUUAUUUAAUGUAUAUCUAACUACUCAAGUAUCUUAGGUAGUUAUAAAUUUAGUGCAGGCUUUUACUUUUAUUUGAAGCCUUUGCUCAAUAAUUUAAUAUUUCACCCAUCCAUAGGCUGAUUUUUGUUUCAUCAAUCUCUUAUUCAACUUUAUUUGUGAUGUCUGUUUUCUUUAUCAUUGUUCACUCUGUCAGUGUCAGUCUGUUCUUGAAUAGAGAGCAGUUACAAUCUGAGCCACUAAGCCGGACUGCUUACCAUGAGAAAGCAAGUUAAAAUUCACCAACAUGAGAGGUCAUUAAUUUUCUGACAGUAGUUUGAACGGUUAACAAUGCCUCUAGAAACAAUGCCUCUGUCUGCACGGAGCAUCAGAAUUGACUGACGCCUUUCUACAAACUAUCAAUUAAUUUGUAACUUUGUUUAUAAUUUGUUGUCAUUUUAAUUAUGUUUGGGUUUUAUUUUCGCUACCCAUAAUUUUUAUUUAUUUUGUGGAUAACUGGUGUAUCAUGAAAUGAGAUAGAACUUUCCUAAGCUCCAUAUUAGAUUCAGCCUGUAUCCUCUCUAGCAGUUGUGAUAGUCAGUAGUCAGUAUAUUUGGAGAGAGGCCAAAUGGUAAUGUUGUAGCUGUCAUAGAUAAUUUAAGUUCAACAAUACUGUUAGUUUUGCUAUGCUGAAUGAAGUUCUAUCAUGAAUGUGAAAUUUUAUUCCUAUCUCACAAUGAUUGAAGAACCCAGGGAUUCAGUGUUACUGUUCUCUCUUUUUAAAAAAUGUUGUGCCAUAUCAGUUUCAAACAGAAUCUGAUUUAGAUUUAACCAAUCAAAUUUUGCUUCUUUGUGGUACCUUGAUCAAUUCUAAGCUUUAACAGGCCUUGAAGCAGUUUUCCUGGCUUCCACAUUUGCAAAUGCCCGUCCUCUGCAAAUACAAUUUCCUUAGUCAUGCGUUCAUGGCCGUGACCAGAAAAGAACUGAAGUAGUAUUGAUAAAAAAUUAAGUCUCAUAUCAUUGUAUAUAUCACAAUUAUUUAAAAGAGAUCUUUUCUUUUUUGAAAAGAAGAAGAUAAGGUAUGACUACUUGCUUUGUUUUAUAUUGUGUAUAGAAUUUGAGAUGUGCUCUUAUGAAGAAAGAAUAAAAUGCCUAAAUACUCAGAAAAUUUA